GCGAAUCUCAUCGUGCAGCUUCCCGGAAAGCUCCUUUGUUUUUCUCUCCAUCUCCGUAUCCUCAACCGCCCCGACCAAACUCUGUCAAAAGCGCAUUCGUGAUGAACGGCUUAUAGCCUUUCAAGUGGAGAGUUAUCCGGCGCGGAGGAGCCUUGGGAGUCUUGUCGUCGUGAUUCUGCCCACACCACCUUGUUACGGGACGGAUAUCUUCUUUUACAACCCUUUCCUUCUAUAUCUUUCGCGAUUGCACCCUGUUUGCCUAGCAUGUCGAUGAACUUUGUGACUUUCAACCAGGACUACAGCUAUCUGGCUGUUGGUACCUCAAAAGGAUUCCGAAUAUUUACCACAGAUCCGUUCGGGAAAAGCUAUGAGACCAAGGAAGGGAACAUAGCUAUCCUAGAGAUGCUCUUUUCGACGUCUCUGGUCGCGGUUAUCCUCUCACCUCGACGAUUGCAGAUCAUGAACACUAAGCGACAAUCCGUCAUAUGCGAGCUCACCUUCCCGACCACUGUUCUAGCCAUCCGAUUAAACAGGAAACGUCUUGUAAUUGUAUUGGAAGACCAGAUAUAUAUCUAUGAUAUUCAGACUAUGAAACUCGUUUAUACCAUUGAGACCUCGCCGAACCCAAAUGCUAUCUGCGCCCUUGCACCAUCCUCAGAUAAUUGCUACCUCGCCUAUCCACUUCCUCAAAAGGCCCCUCCACCAAGCUUCUCUCCUCCCUCCCAUGGCCCCCCUUCAAACACCCAUAUCCCUCCAACCAGUGGAGAGGUUCUGAUAUUCGAUGCAUAUAAACUCGAGGCGGUCAAUGUGGUAGAAGCACACAAGUCACCUUUAUCAUUUCUUGCAUUGAACAGUGAAGGCACUCUUUUGGCAACUGCGUCUGACAAGGGAACAAUUAUCCGCGUCUUUUCGGUUCCCGCUGCUCAUAAAUUGUACCAGUUCAGAAGAGGGUCAAUGCCGUCACGAAUCUAUAGUAUGUCCUUUAACAUAACGUCCACCUUGCUGUGCGUGUCAUCAGCGACGGAGACCAUUCAUAUUUUCAAACUGGGACAGCAACAAGGGUUGUCGAAAACCAGCAGUCCAAGUCGCAAACUGGAAUCCAGUCGAGGUUCCGGAGAUGAGUCUGCUGUCGAGUCCGCAAGUUCCGAGAUGUCAUCUCGAAAACAUAACGGCACAUUCAUGGGAAUGAUCCGACGCACCUCCCAAAAUGUUGGCAAUAGCUUCGCGGCCACCGUUGGCGGCUAUUUGCCCAAGGGAGUAACGGAAAUGUGGGAGCCAGAACGCGAUUUUGCCUGGAUUAAAUUACCUAAGUCGAAUGGCGGCAAUGGUGGCUCUGGACCUGUACGGAGUGUUGUCGCGAUGAGCAGCAACACGCCUCAAGUGAUGGUGGUGACAAGUGAGGGUAACUUUUACGUUUUUAAUAUUGAUCUUUCAAAAGGAGGAGAGGGAACGUUGGUGAAGCAAUAUUCGGUGCUUGACUCCAGUGAUAGAAUGGGCUCAACAGAUUUAGAUUAUUAAGAUGCCUCCUUACGAUACCAGGUCGGAAUUUUCUGUUUUUUAGCCAUUUUGGUCUACUUUACCUUAGGUUCUGUGCUCCGGAAUUAUUGGGCGUUUCGUGGUGCAUUGGCAGCGACUUUUCUUUUUCUUUUUUUUCUUCCCCCCUUCCGAUAUGAUUUCCACAAUGGGUUAUUAAAUAGCAAUUUCUCAUCUCGUCCAGCUCGAAUUUUGCUGGUCCACCGAGUGGAAUACAUACUGAUUAUGUAUGUGCGGGAAGUUAGGAUACAUCA